GAUGGGCAGCACCUCAUCGACAAGCGGGACAAGAUCAUCUACUCCGUGAACUUACACGAGGAGCUUGGGCUGGCUGUCUCUUGCUUAGCAGCUGAACUCUUAUCCGAAAAUUUUAUGCACACACUUCCACCAUUCGAUGGAUUAUUGCCCCCAUCAGAGCUACGAUCUCCCAUGCUAUUGACCAAGAUAUGCCGUAGAUGAAGGAAAGUUGUUGUGUGCACGUCGAGUUUAUGGUGCAGACUGUUUGGUGGGUUUAUGAGCUUCCACCGCUGGAACAGGCGGCGAGAAGCCUUCUGCUACAAGACGUGGCUCAAGCGAUCGCGAGGACUUCCAUUGUCGUUAGCACUUACGUCUCGCCCAAAUCCCUUGACCCGCUUCCUCAGCCUUACACGAGUCAAAUCUCGUGUCACCGUAUCGUUUACUGCCCCGUCACAUGUGACCUUUUGGCAAACGACCUCCCAACACUUCAGGUACUUAUCGUGGAUGGGUGGAUCAGUGACUUUCCACAUGAGAGGAGUACUGUCGCACGACCUAUCUUGAACCAUUCAUUCACUUUGCGCAGUCCCAAAGUUAGUAGACUAUCGUUCUCAUUUUACUUCGCCGGCUUCGACCUCUUCAAGAAUUCCAGAUGGUCCCAUCUCACACAUGUUGAGGUCACUGCUUACCAACAAGAUGCGCUCCUCAGAUUACUGCAGCAGGCUCCCAACCUAUCCUCAGCCAAGAUUUCCAUAGCUUUAAAAUAUACUACACACCCUUCCUUACCGGUAGAGCCAUGCACGCACACGAAGCUGCAAGUCUUGCACAUCAAUUAUUCCAGAUCGCCGUUAACAUUCUCCAACCUGCGUAAUGCCCCUAUCACUCCCCAAUUUACGCGAGUUUGUGGCUGGCGUUGUAUGGAUGCAGUGGCCUCACGAGGAGUUUAAAGCAUUUUAGUAUGGUCAAAGUGUCCACUGGAGUUCCUGAG